ACGUCAGUUCUAUCAAUUUGUCAAAAUUCGUUGUGUCAUGUCAUGCUAAUAUUUUCGUAGCAGUGAGCAAUUGAAAAAUUUACCAAAAAAAUAGUAAACUGAGUGCGUACAGCUUACUUUGGACCUGAAAUAGUGGAAUAGGGUCAUCCAAAAUGCAUUGGUACGGCGGAAGUAUGGCCGAAGCGGUCACACUUUCGAAACAGAGAAAUGCAAUUUUCGUGGUUUUUGUAGAAGGUGACAAUGAUCUAUCCAAGGAGCUGGCCUCGACUAUAGAUGACAGUGUUGUUUUGAAACGCCUCGGUGACCCAAAUAAUUUUCUUGCUGUGAAACUUAAAAGCGGUUCAGAGAACUACACAUUCUUUGCUCAAAUCUACCAGUUUGUACCGGUCCCAUCACUAUUCUUCAUCGGAAGGAACGGUACUCCACUAGAAGUUGUAUGCGCUGGUAUUGAGCCACAAAAUCUAGCGACGAGAAUUGAUCGUAUUUUACAAGAACACAGAAAAGACCAAACAAGUUCUCCAGUUCAACCGUCAACGUCAACCAGCAAUAUCAAAGACCAGACCGUGAAUUUCCUCCAAACCGAAGCAAGUGUAACAAAGGCACAAGCUUCACCGGAUUCAGAACAAGUCCAUAGUGCUUCUGGUGCCCCGAAAAGUCCAGUGGCUUCACCAAGUGCUCCAGAUACUAUUCCAAAGAGUCCAGAAUCACCUAAAAACACUGCUCCGUUAGAUAAUGAACCAGAAAUAUCCGGUCCGGCAGCUAAGAUAGCGAAGACAGAGCACAACGAAGCGACCAAGUCAGGCGUGGAGUACGAAGUGGUCUGUGAAGGAGACGUCUGCGUCAGGCGUCCUAAGGCGGGCCUGCCUGGACCUAGCAGCAGCAGUCAGCCAGCGAAGGAGGAACCAGCGCCAGCUGAAAGCGCAGCCAGCAUAGAAGAAAAGAUGGAGAAGGCUAAGGAAUUAAUAGAGAUAAGGAGGAGGGAGAAGGCUGAUAAAGAAAAGGAGUUGGAGAAAGAGAAGGAAUUAGAACGAAGGACAAUGGGACAAGGGGUUGCUGAAUUGAAGAGGUGGCAAGCGGAGCAGGAGUUGAAACAAAUUCAGGAGGAGAGAAAACGUGAAAAAAUGGAAAAUAAUUUGGCGAGGCAGCGAAUUUUGGAGCAAAUAGCGCAGGAUCGCGCUGAGAGGAAGGCUCGCGAGCAACCCCCACCCGCGCCAGCAACAGUCAACCAGCCCACCGUGGUGGGUGACACGUCGGGGCGCGCGCGCGUGCAGUUCAAGUUGCCGGACGGCGGCGCGCACACGGCGCACUUCGACGCGGCCGACACGCUGGCCGACCUGCAGCGCUACGUGGCCGACAACCUGCACCUGUCGGCGUCGUCGUUCUCGCUGUGGACGGCGUUCCCGCGCCGCGAGCUGACGGAUGGCGGCGCCAGCCUGCGCGCGCUGCAGCUCGCGCCCUCCGCCGCGCUGCUCGUGCUGCCGCGCGGGGCCGCCGCGCUCGCGCCCGCGCCCGCGCCCGCGCCCUUCGCCGCGCUGCUCGCAUUCAUCACCCAGAUCUUCACAUCGCUGGUGGUCGACCCCACCUACCAGAUAUACAACUGGAUCCACAGCCGCUUCUUCGCUGCGCCCCCGACCAAUCCCACGGAACCCACUACACCCAGGCCCACCAGUCCGACCACUCCCACUAGUCCCACCGGCCCAGCCAACCCUUCCACCCUCCCCGGUCUGAGGCGAAGGGGCAACAUCCACAGGCUAACGGGCGACAGGUCUGGUGAUGAUGAAAAUAACACCUGGAAUGGUAACUCAACACAGCAGAUGUAAUUAUUCGUGGUAAUCCAGCGUGUCCAUUAAAAAAUGGUUUCAUAUACAAAUAAAAAUAUGAUAGAUAAUCACAUAUGUUCGUUAAAUAUCGCUAGGCAAUUAAAAAUAUAUGCUGUAAAAUUAAUUUAUAAAUUUUAUAUAAUCUGUGUAAUUAAAAUACAUUUAGAUAGUCUAAAUGAAUGUUGCCUUCUAUCUAAACAAUAAUUUACCGACUAGGAUUUUCGAUUAUAUUUUUUUAUUAUCUAUAUAUUAUUUUAAAAAAGGUUGUAAUGGCAAUAAUUUAUUUCCUAUCUGAUUUUUUUUUACUGGCAAUUGUAUAUUUUAUAAUAUUUGUUAUUGUGAUAUAUAUAUUUUAAUUGAUGAAUGUAAAAUUACAGCAUUUAUUUAAGUAUUUUCUUUGCUCCUGGUUUAAUAGUUUAGGUUUUAAUUUUGACGUAUUUAUGGAAAA